UGUUGGCGGAAAAGCUUCAGUCUGAAAGUAUGAAAUGAGUUUUUUUUAUUGAGCUGCUGACUGAGUGACAUUUAUAUAUUCAAAUUUUCCUGAUGGAGAUUUAGCUCACAUCUGUAUGGCGUGUUUAUGACUUGUUUGUUUGAGGAACUGCGGGACUUUACGACGAACUAAAGCGAUGGCGAUGUCUCCUGUCUGCACAGAAGGGGUCAGCACAGACGGAUGUAUCAUUAAAUCUGACAGAGGUCACAGGAGAAGCAAAGUCCCAAGGGAUGUGGAAAUAGACAUUGAGUUUCUCUACAAAGCUGUUCCUCAGCUGGCCAAGGUUUUCCGAAUCAUAGACAAAAUUGGUGAAGGUACGUUCAGCUCGGUGUAUCUUGGUGAGGCUCAGAUGCGGGAUGGGAGGAGAGAGAUGUUUGCCCUGAAGCAUCUCAUCCCAACCAGCCAUCCUGCACGCAUCGCUGCUGAGCUUCAGUGUCUCACCGUUGCAGGCGGCAGAGAGAAUGUGAUGGGGGUGACGUACUGCUUCAGGAAGGAGGACCAUGUAGUGAUUGUAAUGCCGUAUAUGGAGCAUCAAGCUAUUGUGGACAUCAUUGGCUCAUUGAGCUUUGAAGAGGUCCGUCUGUACAUCUAUCACCUGUUGAAGGCCUUGAGACACAUCCACCAGUUUGGUAUCAUUCACCGAGACAUCAAACCAAACAACUUCCUCUACAACAGGAGCAGCAAAAUGUAUGCGCUGGUGGACUUCGGCCUGGCUCAGGGCACAGCAGACACCCAGAUUGAGCUGCUGAAGGUGGUGAGGCAGAAGCCAUCGCAAAAAGGUGGAGGGUCCACAGGGACACAAGACACCACACAGCGGAGCAAAGCACCAUCUAAACUCCCUCCCAAAACCACCACAGCCUCAACGUCACAACCUCUGCCUUCACGGCAGUCCACGACCGUCCCGCCUUCCUCCUCCUCUUCCCCCACCACCACCACCCCCACGUCCUCCUCAGCCUCUCGGAAAGCACUGGUUAAAAAAGCACGUUCUGUCACCACCACCACCGUCACCACCUCCACCUCUCGCACAAAGCACACAAAGGAUUUGACAGGACUGCGCAAAGUGCCACGGCCUGUGUUUGGAGAGAGGAACCUGAACAGCUGCACUCCAGCUCCAUCCACCACCAAACAAGCUGCCAAUAAGAUAGAGCUGGUGAAGCCCAGCAAAACAGAGGACCCGGCCAGCAGAAGGUACUCUUCAGCCAGCCGGGGCCCACUGCCUGUCAGGACCCAGAGCAGCAGUCAGAAAGCUCAGAGGAGCGUACAGCAGGGCCUCACCUGUAACUGCUACCUGACUGAGCGCGUCUGCAACAUCUGCAUGUCCAGGAAGCAGCAAGUGGCUCCCAGGGCAGGAACCCCAGGCUUCAGAGCACCAGAAGUCCUCACAAAGUGUCCCAACCAAGGAACAGCUAUAGACGUGUGGUCAGCUGGUGUGAUCCUGCUCUCGCUGCUCAGUGGUCGUUACCCGUUCUUCAAAGCCAGCGAUGACCUGAUCGCCCUAACUCAGAUCAUGACCAUUCGAGGGUCGAGAGAGACCAUCCAGGCUGCCAAGGCAUUCGGUAAGGCGGUGGUGUGUAGCCGGGAGCUGCCUCAGCAGGACCUCAGGACGCUGUGCGAGACGCUGAGAGGGCGGAGGCCGUCACCAGACGAUGAAGUCACACCACUUCCUGAAGCCAACGAAGACUCCACCACCACCCGUCUUCACAAGAUCCAAGAUGAUACGCCUACACAUCGGCCCACUGAAGGAACAUUCAAGCAGCACAAAGAACAUUCAGGGAGCACAGAAACCACUCGCCUCGCUAAACAGACUUCAGAGACAGGCAGCAAGGUGGCGGAAGAUGAGCGGGGCUGGGACAGAGUUCCCGAUGAGGCCUACGAUCUGCUGGACCGGCUGCUGGACCUGAACCCUUCUACCAGGAUCACAGCUGCUCAGGCCCUGCAGCACCCACUGUUCACAGACCUGUGAAACCUCAGCAGGACUGGAACUGCUGGCUUCCAAGGCUUCGGUUCACGUAACAUAAACUGGAUGCUGCAAAGCAAGGUGGAGAAAAGCUUACAUCCUGGGUGGAGAAAUGACCAGAAGAAGAGAACAGAGAUCUAGUACAUUUCUGUGCGAGGGCAAAAAGUUCUCUCUCAUCGACCCGUUAGAUGCUUCAUAUAUUUUGAUAUUAGUAUCCAUUUAAGGUUUGACUGGCUGGUUCACAGGCCUGCAGUUAAGAGUAAAAUGUGUUUUAUUUAUGGCAGCUAUGGUACAAAGUACUUUGCAAAUGGGCAUUUAAAGGGCUCUAGAUGUGCACUGUCAGCUAUAACCUAGACAGGAAAAGCUUUGACUCAAGGCCUUAUAUUGGCAGACUGUUGGCUGCCGUGUCAAUGGUUGUACAGGUUUACGAUGAUUUAAAACAAACCAUCUACAAGCUGUCUGGUGAAAUAAAUAUUUAGCCCUCAGGGUUUCUGCUGCAGCUGUGCACUGUCUGAUUGUAUUGUUCUUUAUUUUUACAUCCUGUAGGUUUUUCCUGUAACAAAAGAGAAAAAUACAAAACUUAAGUGGUCUUGUCAUUACUGUAGCCUCUCUGUAGAGUUGAGUGAUGCCCCAAGUCGUUACAAAAAGCCUUGUAUUUAUCACUUAAGACAACAAGUAUUCUAGUUCUGUCUGAAUUGGGUCUUGUCAAGAGGGAAGAGUCCGUAUUGUUUACUAUUGUCACUGCUGCCAUAGCACCAUAUGACCGCUGUAUGAAGGGAAUAUUCCUUAAAGUAUGAAAGGUCUUUUAUUUUGAAGGUGCUUAUGAAUUCAUCUGUAUGUUAUGAAAGUGAGUGUGAAUGCAGCCGUAUGAGAAUAUGUCUGUUUCAGCUGUGUUAAAUUAUAACACUGAUAAAUGUACCUUCUGCCUCACUCCACUUUGGAUUGUCGAAUAAA